AUGGCGGAUCCGACAAUGGACUCUGCCAUGGAAAUCGACAUCGACCUCGACCUCGACCUAGGCGAUGAUGUCGACCCAGAAGUUGCGCGCAUGCAGGAAGAAGCCGCGAGACUCAAUGCUCUUCCUUCUCAAAUCGACGCCGAGCCCGAGGCUGAGCAGAUGAAUAUCGAAGACGGCGAAGUACCUCCUGCCGAGAUCGCUGCCACGAAAGUACAUAUACAAGGCCUUGCAGAACUGACAACGCAAGACAUCGAGAACUUCGCGCGCGACCACUACGACAGUGAGCUCUUCAGAAAGGUGGAAUGGGUGGACGAUAACUCCGCCAACCUGAUUUACGAUACUGCCGAAGCAGCUAAAGAGGCGCUGCAGAUUCUCUCGCAAGAACAAGUCGGAGAUCCACUAGAUUUGAGAGCUGCGAAAGCUUUGAGCACACACCCACAUGUUGAGCUUUUCGUGAGACAGGCAGUCGUCACCGACCAGAAGGAGCGAGGUGCUGCCCACCGCAGUGCAUUCUACCUGAAUCAUCCCGAAUAUGAUCCGCUCAACAAGCCGCGAGGUCGUGGACGUGGCGGUAGAGGCGGACGCGGUCGAGGUCGAGGCAGAGGUGGGUAUAGGGAGGAUGACAGACACAGCCGUCAGAGCUCCAACGCAGAGCCUUUCGACGUCAACCUCUACGACGAUGAUGCAGAGUCGAUGAAGAAGAGAGCAGUACCUCGGAGCCCUCGCCGGAAAGGAAGCUACCACUCAGAAGAAGAUUUGUUCGCAGGCAAGAGAGAUGGAAGACGGCCGAGGAGAGAGGAAGGAGAUCUGUUCGCUGGUAAAUCAGAUGGCAGACUCCGGAACAGAAGUGCAUCGCCGAUCAGAGAUGGUGAUGGCCGCUAUGGUUUCAGUGACGACCAGCCAUAUCGCCACACCGCACGACGACGAUCACCUCCCCCAAUUCGUCCUCGCUCCCACACCGACAACUACGCUGCUCGCGAAAAGAUCAAGACUGAGCUAUUUCCAAGCAAGAAGAAGUCUACUGCUUUCACUGAUGGCCGCAGCGGAAAUGGGGCUCUUGAGCUCUUCCCCGAUCGCGAGUCACCACCGGCACAAGGUCGACGACCGGCGCCGGGACGAGAUUUAUUCUCACGGAUCGAUGCAGAUUCUACAUCCGGCAGACUCAACGAGAGACCUUCUUCGAGUGACAACUUCUCAUUUAAGGGUGCGAGUCGGAAAGAAGAUCAAGGUGUCAGCUUCCUUGGAGCUAGUAAGGAGCGUACGGAACUGUUUCCCAGGGGCGGCAGUGGUGGAGGACGAGAUCUCUUCGAGGAGAAAGUACGCCGGCGGCGUGGUGCCGAGCAUUUCAUCUAG